AGCUUAUUUAUGAGAAAUUCUUAGAUGAAUUAAACCCACCAGGUACAAAUCUUGAAUAUCCAGCCUGAAAAUUGAAGAUUGAAAGACUUGAGGAGGAAGUGGCUUAAUCGGAAAAUAUGCCGGUUGAUUGUGAGAUGAAACUGGGAGAAUUCACUACAAGAAAAGGGAUUUUUAACGACCAGUAUAUUGCGAGGGGCUACUAUCCCGGUCGUAAUUUGGGUAUCAAUUAGGACAGUGCGGCUGGCCGGUCCUCAAAUUAAAUUUACACUUUAUUUUGCGACUACUUUUAUAAUCCUUUCCUAAAAAGAAAAUAAUUCCCGUCCCAAUUGUUAAAAACUAAGCCUAAUCACUAACUUAAUAUUUCCAAAUGCUUAAAAAUAACAAAAAAAUCGUAUGAAUCCUAAACGCUGCAGCCAAACCUAAACAAUUGCUAUCAACUGAAAUCUAAACGCUGUUUCUAAACAAUUGCUAUCAACGGAAACCUAAACGAUUGCUAUCAGCGGAAACCUAAACGAUGUAGCUAAACGAAUUCGCUGCUGCUAUCGACUGAAACCUAAACAAUGACGAUGCUGCUAUCGCCUGAAGCCUUAACGUUGUCAUCGACUGAAAUAUCUGCUAACAACACUUCUCAUUGUGACUAUUCACUUACGUCUCCUGGCUGCAAUUAUCCUUACAAUUUGGUAAACUCUUAUGUGAAGGAUAAUGGAAUUAAAGUGAGCUCAAAUGUUGUUUUGCUUGCAUAUGAUCACCUUCGCUUAUUUGCAGUCAAAGGAACUGAUGCUGAAAAGACCAACUCUAGCGGGGCUUUCAUAGAAAAUGGUGCACACUACAAGAAAACUAACAAUUCUCAUCUCAAAAUCCAGCAGCAGAAGCAAGAAGAUUUCGACCGAAACCUCAGGAACGAAUUCAGGUCAGAGGAGUUCAAGUUCAUUUUAUAACUAGACUGAUCAGACAAACAUCAGCCAUAGAAUAGCUAUGAGAAGCUGUGCAUGGAGGAGGCAAUGCAGAAAUUUGAUGAGCAACUAAUAGAUGUCAAAGUAGAGGAACUUACAGAAGCGACGACAACUUCUAAUCCACAAACGAAGAAGCCAAUCAAGCUAAGUAAAAUAUCAGCUGAGCAAAAUUUGAAUGUAUUUCUUUUGUAGACAAUGAUAAUAGUCCCUUUUUAUAUGAAUAUAAUCCCUUUUAUGAAAGAAAUUCAGAUUCAAAUUA